GGGCGGCAGCAGCGCGCAGACUCCGCGGAAGUGACGUCAGGCGAAGAAGAAUCUCUGUUUACAGCAGUGUUUUUAAACUCUGUUCGCAUGAGCUCUCAGAGUGUGAUUUAAGAAAUGAUUUGGCGUUUAAACCCCUUUUCUGAAACCCUGACAUGAGCGACGCGACGGAGAGUCGAGAGCAGCGAGCUCCUCUGUCUUCAGCCGCGAUGAAGAGAGCUGAAAUCAGUGACCAGCCGCCAGCGGUGGAGAAGAGAGGACCGUAUCUCAUGUUCAAGGCUCCUGGUUUCCACACCACGCUCCAGAAGCACAGAGACACGGCCAGACGAGCUCUGCAGAAGAGAGGAUUGGGCUCAGGGAGGACACGACACAAACGCACAGACGUGAGGAUGAGGAUGAGUCUUAACUACAUGCAAACACAGAUAUUCACAUUCAUGCAUUUGGGCAGAUGCUUCCAUGCAAAUGUGAGCUUCAGUAAGGGCUACGCUGCUCUGAGUCAGACGGGAGAGGAUUCGCUCGUCUCGCUGGACUCUGACAGUGAUGCGGAGCUGGACUGUUCGUCUGGAUAUUCCUCAGCUGAGGUGCAUCCAGAGCUGAGCAGGCAGCUGCUGAAGGACGGAUAUCACCUGGAUGAGAUCCCUGAUGAUGAGGAUCUGGACCUGAUUCCCCCGAAAGCCCUGAGCUCGUCCGUCUGCUGCUGCUCUGAUGCUGUGUCCUGCUGUCUGCAGUGAGGACUGGACCACAGACUGGGUUUUUACUCCCAUCACACGUCUCAGCCGAACCCCCAAACGCUUGCAGCUGUGAGCUGCGUGUGCUCCAGAGAUCAGUCUGGGAUUCACUGCAUCCUCCCUGCGCUCACAAAUCAGCCCAAAGUCAGAAUAAAUAUAUUAGGAGCUAGAUUUCAAAAUUAGACCGAUCUAAGUACCAUUACAACACCUGUAGUAACAUUAUCUUUCUUAACUUGGUUUAGCC